CCUUUCGAGUCUCUCUCCCCUCUCCCGGGGAGACCCACGUGACCAGUUUUGGCAGUGAGCAAGUACAAGUGUGUGAGUGUGUGUGCGUGUGUGUAAUUCGCUGGCCAGAAAAAGCCACUUCAUAGCUGUGGUGUAGACCAGGCUGAAUAGUGGCGGUCAAUUCUUCAGCCUUGCAAGAUGUUGAAUGGUGCAAUCCCAGCACAAGCUGCUAUGGCUUCUGCUGUAGCAUCGCUAUCAUCGCCUCCGGCGAUGGGCGUCAAAUGGUCCAAAUGAGAAGAGCUGGAGAAGCAGUACCAGGGUAAGCUGACUCAGCAGAUGAAUGGGCCUAUUUACGAGGUGCUGAGCCGCGUCAUGAAGGCAGUCGCUUCAAAAAAGAUCGUCGUGCCUGGCAAUUACCGGAGAACCACGGCCGUCUUCGCAUGCAGCCAGAGAAGAUCACAUUCAAGGCCAGCCGAAGUGGCAAGAUUGAACAGUUCAGCCCAGAUGGGCUUGAGUCAGUCAACUGGACGCGUGCGCCAAAGGGCUGGGAGCUGUCACUGGUCGCCAAGUCCGGCUCCUGCACUCGGCUACAGGGCUUCAAAGAGACCGAAAGCCAGCGGUUACAAGGCAAGAUUAGCAAAUGGUACAAGCUGCCGUGGAGCGAAGUGGAGCGGUCUGUUCGCGGCCUUAGCUAUGGGAAAACCGACUUUUGCGGCUCAUCGUUGAAGUUUGUCAUCGACGACAAGCCAUCGUUUGAGUUGCCACUGGAGAGUGUGUGCCAGACAUCCAUCACCAAGAACGAGGUACACUUGGAGUUCCAUCCGAACGACGAAGCGGACGUUCAGCUCUCUGAAAUGAGAUUCUACGUGCCACCGUCUCUCACGUCCGCUGUCGGUGAUGGCAUCGCCGACGACAAAGACGCAGCCAAGGAAUUCCACACCAAAAUCACGUCACAUGCCGACAUUCUUCGUGUGUCUGGCGAUGCGCUCAUUACGUUUGACGAAAUGUCAUGCUUGGUGCCUCGUGGACGCUACACAGUGAAAGUAUACCCAGGGUUUCUCUUCCUGCAUGGCAAGUCUUACGACUUCACCGUUCCCUUUCAGUCCAUCGUGCGACUCUUCCUCUUGCCUCACAACGACAUGCGACAAAUGUACUUUGUGGUGGCUAUGGACCCUCCUAUGAGGCAGGGCCAGACGCGCUACCCUUUUCUGAUUCUCAUCCUCAACAAGGAAGAGUCGAUGGAAGCAGAGGUGGCACUGUCAGAAGAAGAGCUGGAGAAGCAGUACCAGGGUAAGCUGACUCAGCAGAUGAAUGGGCCUAUUUACGAGGUGCUGAGCCGCGUCAUGAAGGCGGUCGCUUCAAAGAAGAUCGUCGUGCCUGGCAAUUACCGAAGUCAGCGCGGCGGGCAGUGCAUCAGCUGCAGCUACAAGGCCAACCAUGGCAUGCUAUUCCCGCUGGAGAAGGGCUUCAUCUUCGUGCACAAGCCCGCGCUGCACGUGCGCUUCGAUGAGGUGGUCGCCGUCAAUUUCUCGCGCGGCGGCACUGGAACUCAUCGGUCGUUUGACUUUGAGUUAGAAGUCAAGAAUAAUAUUGUACACAUCUUCCAGAGUAUGGACAAAGAUGAGUACAGUCGCUUGUAUGACUUCUGCUCAGCCAAGAAGCUCAGGAUCCGCAAUAAGGGCGGCAAGUCGGGCAGUGCAACGUAUCGCGAUGACUUUGACGACGACGACAGUGACCAAGAUGCGUAUUUGGGGAAGGUGAAGGCGGAGGGUGCUUCCCGCAUGGACGAUACAGACUCUGAUGAUUCAUCGUAUGUUGCUGGGGGUAGCGGAGAGGAUAGUGCUGGUGAUUUGGAGUUUGAUUCUGAUGCUGUGUUGUCGAGUGAUGAGGAGAAUGCAGCCAAGACAGUCCCGGCUGUGGAUGAGAGCAAGAAGAGGAAGAAGGCACCAAGCAAGCCGAAGCAGCCAAAGGAGAAGGUAGAAAAAGCAGAAAAGAAAGAAAAGAAGGAACCGAAAGAAAAGAAGGAACGGAAAGAGAAGAAGGAAAAGCCAUCAGCCAGCUCUACGAGUGUGGCGAAAGCCAAGAAGAAGGAAGCACCGAUCUCGAAGGAGGAGAUCAGUGAUAGUGACAGUGGUGGUAGUGAUGUUGUCAUGGAGGAUGAGAGUGAUGAUGAUGGGGCACCGCCGGCAAAGAGGUCCACGCGCUCACGACGUGGACAGUCGAACGACGAGGAGCUAGCCCAGCUGCCGUCCGAAGGCUCGAAUGAUGAGGAAGAAGCCGAGCUAACGUCUGGAGCUAGUGACGUAGGCAGUGAUGAUGGUGAUGAAAGCGACUGAGCAGACUGAGCUAAGCUUGCGUGUGCGUGCGUGGGACCAUUGGUAACCAUUUGCCGUGCGUCGACUCCCUGCUGUUUCCGUGCUUUGUGUGUUGUUGUCGCUGUGUGUCUUUGUGUGUGUGUGUGUGUGUGUGUGUGUGUGUGUGUUGGCGUAUACAAAAAGCUCCAUCCGUGCAGGAUCGUCCA